UUGUGCUCCAGCGGGUGGGUCUUCUUCUCGAGCUGAUGAUAGAUGUUCACUAUAAAACCUCACGGAGAGAAAGAGCGCGAUGACACCAGCAUCUGCAGACCUGAGGAUGCUUUCUGUCGAGCUCCACUCUUCUGCCUGAACAAAUCAGCUGUCAUCCGUGUGGGAAUAACAGCAAACAACAUGUUACUUUUACCUGCACGUGGAUCAUUCAGCAGUUCCGGUCAAUCCUGGAUUUUAAACUGACUUAUCUUAUCGUGGAGACUAUCUGGAAUAACUGGGAUGGCCAAGGUGUCAUUACAUUUGGGAAUUUUGCUUUUUAUUGGACUAACAGUCGCAAUGGCCAACGGCUUUUCCACGUUUCGUCAAGAUGUGCUUGUGAAAAACACAGCGAAGGAUUUAACUAAAGUAUCAAGUGCGACUCUUAAGCAGUUUGGCGGUUCUGCUAAUAAGCCUGGAGUGUGUUAUUUCUGCCAGCUCAUAAAGCCACGGAAGAGAGCCAAGAGAUGCACAUGUUACUCCUACAAAGACAAGGAGUGUGUUUACUACUGUCACCUGGACAUCAUCUGGAUCAACACACCUGAGCGCACUGUCCCAUAUGGCAUGUCAAGUUAUAGAAGCUCCCAGCGGAUACGACGUUCUUCCGAGGGCAGCGUAGGAGGUCAGCGCUGCAUGUGUGCUUUACACAAGGACCAAAAGUGUGCCGCUUUUUGCAGUCAGAGAAUUGGCAGGUCAACAUGACCAUCCAUUGGAGCCGAUCUUAACUGAUAUUUAUUCAUCUGUUGGACUGCCUCUUCAUUCUCCUGUCCCGACACCUGGAGAAUCACCUCAGAGAAAAAUAUUCAUAUCUGUCCAAAAGGAAGGCCAUCGGGAUUCUAUUAUGGAGAGGGAGAAUUAAAGAGCAGAGCGAAGGAACUGGAGAGGACUGGCGCUGUGAUCGUGAAAGCAUUACAUAACUGCACCUAAGCUACAGAAGAAGCAAUGCAUGGACUGCCACUCUCAGUGUGAACGUGUGUCUUAUGCAUUUAGGUGAGAUGUCUGUGAUGGUCCAAAUCUGACUUGCCACUAUGAUCUGACUUCCAGGUCAGACAUGCAUGGUGGAGUUGAAUAAGCAUUUCAGUGCAGGACUUUAAAAAAAUAUUUUAAUCUUUUUAGACCAAUCGCCAUCAUGUAAUAUUUAAAGGACUUUGCGUUGA